CCCUGCUUCUCCGUUUCCUGUCGGCCUCUCGCCCAGCCAUGGCGACGCCCCCUUCCGUUUCCUCUCCCCUUUUGCCGCUCUCAUCUCCUUCUCUCCUUUCCCUUUUUCUUCUUCCGUUGAGACUUCAGAGAAAUAUAAGAAGCGAAUAGGGCGAAGACCAAGGCGCGGAAGGCGAGAGAGAAAGAGCGAUGGCGAUCCUGUACGCUUUGGUGGCCCGGGGCUCCGUGGUGCUGGCGGAGUUUAGCGCGACGCCGACGAACGCCAGCGCGAUCGCCCGCCAGAUCCUCGAGAAGAUUCCCGGCACCAAUGACAGCCACGUCUCCUACUCCCAGGACCGGUACGUCUUUCAUGUCAAGUGCACCGAUGGGAUCACCACCCUCUGCAUGGCCGACGACACCGCCGGAAGAAGAAUUCCUUUUUCAUUUCUUGAGGAUAUUCAUGGAAGAUUUGUGAAGACAUAUGGUCGUGCUUGUCACACAGCUCUUGCUUAUGCAAUGAAUGAUGAAUUUUCAAGGGUCUUGAGCCAACAGAUGGAGUAUUAUUCCAAUGACCCUAAUGCAGAUAGGAUAAACCGCAUCAGAGGUGAAAUGAGUCAGGUGCGCAAUGUCAUGAUAGAGAAUAUCGACAAAGUACUUGAAAGAGGGGAUCGGUUGGAAUUGCUGGUUGAUAAAACUACGAAUAUGCAAGGAAACACAAUUCGCUUCCGAAAACAAUCUCGCCGUUUCAGGAACACUGUAUGGUGGCGGAAUGUUAAGCUCACGGUUGCAUUGAUUCUCCUCCUCUUAGUCAUAAUUUAUGUUGUACUUGCAUUUGUGUGCCAUGGUAUCACUCUGCCGUCUUGUAUCCAGUCAUGAUUGAUCCUGGUAGUUAUUAUGUUUCUUCUGUGGUUGGCGGCCAUUUAUUUCCUAAUGUGAAUGAACUUGCACUUUAUUGGUCUGGGCUCUUUGGCUGUGUUAGGAGUGUCAGUUACAUGUUUGUUGUGCCUCUAAUGUGGAGACUUGUGAUCAAGGUGUAAUCUUGUUUCUAUAAAAUCUCAUAUCUAAUUUUAUAGCAUUGUUGAAUAAAAGGAACUCUUGUUGAAGCA